CCAAAGAGUACAGACGUGUUUCUCUUGGGAAGUUCAGUUGUGACGUACGCCGGAAGCGUUGCGUUGUUUCUGUGUUCGGGGUUGAUAUUUCUAAAAGCAGUCUUGUUUUCGUCGCUAUGUCGUCCCAUUGAUCAACAUUUAAUCCGACGUUACGGUGAUUUAAAUACAUUCAAGUAAGCGAACAUGCCGAAGGUCGUGUCCAGAAGCGUCGUGUGCUCGGACACCAGGGACAGAGAGGAGUACGACGACGGAGAGAAGCCGCUUCACGUCUACUACUGCCUGUGCGGUCAGAUGGUUUUGGUCCUGGACUGCCAGCUGGAGAAGCUGCCCAUGAGGCCCCGGGACCGAGCCAGGGUCAUCGACGCGGCCAAACACGCUCACAAGUUCUGCAACGUGGAGGACGACGAGAACACGUACAUCAAGAGAGCCGAGGGCAUCGAGAGGCAGUACCGCAAGAAGUGCGGCAAGUGCGGCCUGCUGCUCUUCUACCAACACCAGGAGAAGAACAACCCGGCCACCUUCAUCGUGGACGGAGCCGUGGUCAAGUUCGGCCAGGGCUUCGGCAACACCAGCGUCUACAGCCAGAAGCAGCCGGAGGCUCCCAAGAAGGUCCGCGUGAUGAUGACCAAGCGGACCAAAGACAUGGGCAAGUUCAGUUCCGUCACCGUCUCCACCAUCGACGAAGAGGAGGAGGAGAUCGAGGCCAGGGAGGUGGCGGACUCGUACGCCCAAAAUGCAAAGGUUAUCGAGAAGCAGCUGGAGAGGAAGGGCAUGAGCAAGAGGAGGCUGCAGGAGCUGGCCGAGCUGGAGGCCAAGAAGGCGAAGAUGAAGGGAACUCUCAUUGACAACCAGUUCAAAUAGAUAAAAUAAAUGGACGUUGAAGAGGGACGGGCACAAACUGUUGAGCUGUGGAGAUCCCGCAGCUCCACAAACCUGAGGAGAACGAUAUAUGUGUAUAUAAACAGGGCAGAUGAUGUGUGUAAUUGUUGCAUAUUCAGAGGGUUUUUUGGAUCGAACCGAAAAUCUUUAAAUUAGAUUGUAAUGUUGUUGUUUUUUAACAAGAAAAUAAAUAUUUUUUUCCAUUUUUAAAA